GCCUGCGCAGACGGGCAGAGUUAACCGCCCUGACGUCGAGGUGUUCCUUCUCAGAGCGAGGCUGCGUCUGACACCGGCGCGCCGGAACCCGGAAAUGGAGGGGGCGGUGGCUCUGUUCGCGAGCGCAGCGGCGGAGUUUAGCGAGUGACAGGCAGCGGCGGGGGAGCCCCGCGGAGCGCCCGGCGCGGGGCAGAUUAUGAAAAUAUUCUGAUCAAUCUGUUUAAAAAAAAAUCAGAACUUAAUUAAGGCUUCACCAUAAAGCUUUUCGGCAGCUUAUGAAGUUUCUGAUAUUAAAGCUGUGCUAUUGAAAUGAAGAAAAGGAGAAAGUUCCCUGGAAAUCUGAAUGAGAAGAUACGUCUUGGCCAUGAGAAAAAUAUUUCUGAUGGGAUUCUUGUAGAUUCUGACCAAGAAAUUGUCACCAAAUCUGCUGAAGUAGCUAUUGCAGACCAGCUUGAGUGUUCCCAAGAACUUCCUCCAUCACCAGAACAAAGAAAACUUUUAAGUUCACUGCAGUAUAAUAAAAAUCUACUUAAAUAUUUAAAUGAUGAUAGACACAAACAACCAUCUUUUUGUGACUUACUCAUCAUAGUAGAAGGAAAAGAAUUUAGUGCGCACAAAGUUGUUGUAGCUGUUGGCAGUAGUUAUUUUCAUGCUUGUUUGAGCAAAAACCCAAGCACGGAUGUUGUCACACUGGAUCAUGUAACUCAUUCUGUUUUUCAGCAUUUGCUUGAGUUUUUGUACACAUCUGAGUUUUUUGUGUAUAAAAAUGAAAUCCCUUUAGUGUUGGAAGCAGCUAAAUUUUUAGACAUUAUAGAUGCAGUCAAACUGCUCAAUAAUGAAAAUAUUUCCACCAUACAAUCUGAAGUGGUAACUGAAAACCCAGUACCAGUUGAAACUCUCAAUGAAUUGACUGGAAAACUAUCAAAUAGUCACCAGUGCACUUUUUGCAGUCGAAACUUCUGUUACAAGAAAUCCUUAGAAAACCACUUGGCUAAAGCUCACAGAUCCCUUCCACUGGGAAAAAACCAUGGGUUAAAAAUGGUUGAGAGAGCAGAUUUUUCUACAAGAAGAUCUACAAGGAACCGUAAAUGCCCAGCUAAGUUUGAUAACAGUGAUAAUGAAAGCAGCGAUGUGUCUGACAGCAACUUGGAUAAAGUGCAUUCUGAGAGAGAGAGACCUGUUAAAAAUGAAUGUGAAGAUAGUGGAAGUGAGUGCAAUGCUGAUGAAGAGGGUCAGGAAGAAGAAAUAUCAGAUGAAGAUUCAGAUACUGAAGAGCAAAGUAAAAAAGAACAUAAUGAUACUGAAGUGAGUCCUGAGCCAGUUGAUUCAGUAGAAAAUAUUCCUGAAGGUUUAACUCCAGCCAUCAUUCAGAGUAGAAGCAAAAAAUUAUUGCAGUGUCCCAAGUGUGACAAAACAUUUGAUCGAACAGGGAAGCUCGAGAUCCAUACCCGUGUGCACACAGGUGAGAAGCCCUUCGAGUGUGAUAUUUGUCAUCAGCGCUAUUCCACAAAAUCUAACCUGACAGUUCACCGAAAGAAACACAAUAAUGAAACAGAAUUUCAUAAGAAGGAGCACAAAUGUCCAUAUUGUAAUAAACUGCAUGCAAGCAAAAAGACUCUAGCAAAACAUGCAAAGAGGUUUCAUCCAGAGAACAUACAAGAAUUUCUUUCCAUUAAAAAGACAAAGAGCGAAGGCUGGAAAUGUGAUAUUUGUAAGAAAUCUUUUGCUCGAAGACCCCAUUUGGAAGAACACAUGAUUCUUCACACUCAGGAUAAACCUUUCAAGUGUACCUAUUGUGAAGAGCACUUUAAAUCCCGGUUUGCAAGAUUGAAGCAUCAAGAAAAAUUCCAUCUUGGCCCUUUCCCAUGUGAUAUUUGUGGUCGUCAGUUCAAUGACACUAGAAAUCUAAAACGCCAUAUAGAAUGUACUCAUGGGGGGAAGAGAAAAUGGGUGUGUUUUAUAUGUGGAAAAUCAGUCAGAGAAAGAACAACUUUGAAAGAACAUUUGAGAAUUCAUAGUGGGGAGAAGCCUCAUCUUUGUAGUAUUUGUGGGCAGAGUUUUCGUCAUGGAAGUUCUUACAGACUUCAUCUACGAGUUCACCAUAAUGACAAGAGGUAUGAAUGUGAAGAAUGUGGGAAAACGUUUAUUCGGCAUGACCAUCUAACAAAACACAAAAAAAUACACUCAGGUGAAAAAGCACAUCAGUGUGAGGAGUGUGGAAAGUGUUUUGGCCGCAGAGAUCACCUAACUGUCCAUUACAAAAGUGUUCAUUUAGGAGAAAAAGUGUGGCAAAAAUAUAAAGCAACAUUUCAUCAGUGUGAAGUCUGCAAGAAAGUUUUUAAAGGGAAAUCAAGUUUGGAAAUGCAUUUUAGGACACAUUCAGGUGAGAAACCAUACAAAUGUCAAAUUUGUAGCCAAUCCUUUAGAAUUAAGAAGACAUUAACAAAACACAUGGUUAUUCAUUCAGAUGCUCGACCUUUUAACUGCCAGCAUUGCAAUGCAACAUUUAAACGAAAAGACAAGUUGAAAUACCAUAUUGACCAUGUGCAUGGAACAAAGGCUGCAGAAGAAACAGUAACCACUUCUGAAGAAAAAGUAAUCUCUUUGCCAGUACAGUACACCCCUGAUGACAAAGUUUUCCAAAUUGAGUCUAAACCAUACAUGGAUCAGCCUGAAGUUUAUGAAACCGAAGUCAAACCUAUGCUACAGAAUGUACCAGCAGAAGUAUGUGUGCCAGUAACACUGGUACCAGUUCAGAUGCGGGAACCUCAAGCUGAUCUAGUACAACAUAACACUACUCUCUCACCCCAGUCUCAUGGUAUUCUUCCCCCACAGGCACAGCAGCCAGAUUAUCAACGAACGGAUUUGGCAUUUCUGGAAAAAUAUACUCUGACUCCCCAGCCUGCAAAUAUAGUACAUCCUGUCAGACCUGAGCAAAUGUUGGAUCCUAGAGACCAAUCUUAUCUUGGAACUUUAUUAGGGCUUGAUGCAGCUCCAACUGUACAGAAUAUGUCAAAUAAUGAACAUUCAUGAUUGGACCCCUAACAUUCCACCUAAGCCAUUAGCCACCAGAAGGCUAAUAUGGCUAUUAAGUUUUGUAGUUCAUUUGGACUUCUAGUCUUCUGAACAGUUUUGUUAAGUGCAAGGAAAAAAUAGAUUUGUUUACAUAUAUGAACAUUGACACAUUUUAAUGUAUAUUUAUAGUGUUUCUUGUGGUUUUAAAGGCUUUUAAAAAUCUUAUAGCAGGUCUUUUGAAAAUAGCUUCUCAAAUAUCUUUUAAGAAUACUAGCUGCAGCAAACUUUAAUCCCAUACCUGGCCAUUAAUAAAAAUAAUUGUUCACCUGUCUGCAUCUCACUUUCCAAAUAAACCUUUCUGUGGAUAAUGGAAAAUAUACUUGAAGGUUUAAGGGUUAUGUCGAAUUCAUUAGGGUCACGAUCGGAAAAAAACAUGAAACUAAACCUCUUAAUGAUCCCUCACCUUAAAAUAAAAUGUAACUUAAUCCCAGACAAACCUGGUUACCUUUUUUUACUGUAAUUCAUAUCUGAAUAAUGGAAUUAUGAAUCUGAGAAUAUAAAAAAUACUUGUGCUCUCUUAACCUGGGUUCAGUCUUCUAGAACAUUUCCAACAUUUGGGCCUUGAAAGGUUGAGAGAUGUGGUGGUAAUAUACUGUAACCCUCAGGCAGUAAUAAAAGAUUGGAAUACUUCAUCCUUGUUUAUGAGCACAGAAUCAAACCAAGCUGAAGCCCUCACUGGUAUGCCCAUUUCUACAAUACUGAUAUGUAAAGUAAUUUAAAAAGCUCUUUUCAGAAAAGUAAUUUGCUUAAAUUUAUUAAAAGAUUAAUGAAAUCAACAAUUAUAAAACUUCAGAUGGCUUCUGGAAAAAGUGAAAGGAAGUCCAUUUGUUUUUUCACUUUAUGUGAUAUACAUCAUAUGUAAAUGACAAAUAAUUAGGAAGAGGAAGGAAGAUUAGAACAUGUAAUGCCUUUAACUAUUCUUUUACUGUUUGUUUUUCUAAUGUGGAACCAAAUCAAAUCCACUAUCUAGAAUAAUUUAAAUUAUUAAAUCCCUCAACUUCUCUUCUAAAUAGAGCCCUGCAAAUCCAUGGACAUCUGCAGAUCAUUUUUAUGGAUUGCGGAUCAGAUGCACAUACAGACUUUGUAUCCGCGCAGGGCUCUAUUUCUAACCUCAUUCCUGAAAUAAUCCUUUCCUUGUUGUAGGCUCAGUCAAUCUUGUGCCAAAGGAAAUACAUAGAAUCAUACUUGUUUCUCAAUUAUGUCUCAUUAGGGAUUACAUUUUAGACUGAACUUUCCCUACUUCCCAUAAAAACCUGGUUUUUUCACUUUUAUUAUUGUAAAUUUUUUGUAUCAAUUUCUAAAUUAUGAAACUGGAAGUUCAUUUGCCAUGGUGAGUUAUUAAACUUCUGCAUUUGGUAGGAGCAUUAUAGUCUCUGAAAAAAUGUCAGCAUCCUACUGCUACAAAGGCCAUUAAGAGUUAUCUUGUAAAAUGCUAAUCACUUUCUGUGAGGUGUUUGAGUGCUUUGCAGGAUAGGGGCCAGAGCUCAGAGUUUGGUCAUGUGUAGAAGAUUUUCAACCUAACUGAUUCUCAUCUGAGUGCACCAAAGACUUCUGUUAGCAAUUGAAUAGUACUAGCAUGCAUAGAAUUUAAAUGUAUCAUUGUUUAAAUAAGGACUUGUCCAAAGAAGCACAAUAGAAGUCCUAGACUUACAGAUCUUUAAAAUUCAGUUCCUAUAGUAGGACCAAGUGUAUAUGUUUAACUGUUGUGUUUAUAUGUACAAAGCAAGAUGAGAUAAAUACUCUGGGAACGUUCAUACUGAGAUGCUCUAUAUAUGUGUCAGGUAAAAAGAUGAGUACUAAUUAAGAUUACACAACAAUAUUCAGCCCAUUGAAUGCCAUUUUCUAAAAGGACACUGUCAAGUACUGCACUUCCUGCCUCUCCUCUGCAAAAAAAAAAUUUUUUUAAAUCACCACCAUACUUAUGCUCCAGUGCACAAAAAUACUGUUUAGUUUGUACCUUUCAAGUUGACAAGCACUGGAGUUUUUACCCCUCUACGCCUUUCCAAAGUUUAUGUUCAUACCAUCAGAGAUAAAUUGACAUCAAUGCUGUCAGCACAGUUCUGAGACUGACAUUCUAACUUUGCAUUCUUUACUGACUUUCCUCUUCUGCAAUGAGUGUGGAGAGGAUUGCAAUUAAACAGUGGCAUAAAAAUAUUGGUGGUUAAGUUCUGUUUUGUUUUUAAAUCCAAUCAGUCUGGAACUCACAACAUUAUUUAAAUGUUGAGACUGAAUUUGGGGCAUAUAUUAAUGUUCUUUUUAAGUCUCUCAUGAUUGUGCCUAUUUAUACGUUGGCUGAUCACUCUAGUUGAUUGAUUAUUAAAGCCAAUAUUUUCAAAAGUACCUAGUGAUUUUGGGUGCUCAACUGGAGCCACUUUAAAGGUGUUUAAGUUGGGUACCCCAAAUCACUACACUCUUUAAAAUGUUGACCUAAGAGUUCAUCAAUGCAGUUUUACCUGCUGGGCCAGCUCAGUCGUUGCCUGAAGGGAAAAAUAGUUUAUGUAGGAAAACUUACAUAAAAGUGCUAAAUUAUUAAAUAGUAUAGUGUUUUUUUGUUUAUGUGCUGGGUUUUGAUUCUUAUGCCCUUAUGGGUAUAGUGAAUUUGCAUGUGAGUCAAGUAAAUCACCAUGGAGUGGUACUUCAUUCUAUAAGCAGGAAGAGAUGAUCUUCAACAUGAGAGAGCCCUAUUUCCGAAUAAAAUGGUUUGGAUUGAGAGAAAAACAUGAACCAUCUUGACUGCACAGAUCAGAGCUUCUUGGCCAUGGUACCUUCAUAUCAAUAAACACAUGUAUUUGUACUUGCAUAACUAGAACAUAUUCUAUAAGCAUUGAGAGAGAGUUUUUACAAUAGGGCUGCUUUAAUGUGGUAGCACUGACUAAGCUCACCACUUAAAGCUGAAGGAAGAAGUGGGUCUCUCUUUAAAAUGUCACGUUCUGAUCAGUGCCAAAUAUUUAAAAGUUGUCCCCCCCCCCCCAAAAAAAAAAGCAGUGGAAGAAAAAUGGGAUCUUCGUUUGUGCUCUUCUAUCUAAAAGGGUUUUUGUGAAAUUUUCUUUAAAUCUUAGACUCCUGUGUAGUUCUGCAAAAAUUACUGCAUCUAUGUUCUGUUUACAUAUUGCAUAUACCUUUCAAAAAACUUGAUUUUUUUUCCCUUGUAUUUACUGGGUCACUGGUUAUUCCAGGAUAUCGUAUCUUUGAAUGGUUUCAGAGUAGCAGCCGUGUUAGUCUGUAUUCGCAAAAAGAAAAGGAGUACUUGUGGCAGCUUAGAGACUAACAAAUUUAUUUGAGCAUAAGCUUUCAUGAGCUACAGCUCACUUCAUCAGAUGCGUUCAGUGGAAAAUACAGUGGGGAGAUUUAUAUACACAGAGAACAUGAAACAAUGGGUGUUACUAUACAUACUGUAAGGAGAGUGAUCAGGUAAGGUGAGCUAUUACCAGCAGGAGAGUGGGUGGGGGGGAACCUUUUGUAGGAUAAUCAAGGUGGACCAUUUCUAGCAGUUCACAAGUACCUCUGAGGAACGGGGCCAGUGGGGGAGCAGAAUAAACAUGGGGAAAUAGUUUUACUUUGUGUAAUGACCCAUCCACUCCCAGUCUUUAUUCAAGCCUAAGUUAAUUGUAUCCAGUUUGCAAAUUAAUUCCAAUUCAGCAGUCUCUCGUUGGAGUCUGGUUUUUUUAAGAAAUUCUUCCUGACCAUUGCUACUUUUUUUUUUUUUUUUACAGUAGUAUCGUUUUCCAAGGCUGUCCUUAUUCUGAACACAGCAGUAGUAGUGAUAGUGGUAUAGCUUGGCUUAUAUUGUAGUGUACAUUGAAGAUAAAAUGAUUUUACUUUUAAUUUGCAUUUUAUUUUUAAAGAUGAAUCGUGUCUCAGAAACAAAAGACAAAGUGUAAAAAAACCUGAUACACUGUAGUGAACAAUCCUGGUGAGAAACAUGUUGGGAACAGAAUUUUUCAAACAGGUCACUUGUUCCAAUAACCAAAACAUAAUGCUUCAGAACAAGUCAAUAACUUCUUCAUAAUGUGUUUGAUCAGGUAUAAAAUUCAUUAUUAUGUAGACAGGGAAUGAAUUACCCCUCCCCUUUUUUCUCUUCCCCUCCCCCCCCCCUUUUAAGGUAGAAUGUUCACGUAAAGCAGACAUGAACUGUGAGAAUAUAGUUGCAAAUCAGCUUUUUUUCCUUCUUGGUGUGGGGAUGGGGAAUCCAUUCGUGGAUAUCUGCAUAAAAGUAACAAAAGCAAUUCAAGAUCAAUUUCCAUGAUCUAUAUCCUUAUGAUUGUGGUAAUCUUUGACCUUGUUUAUAAGAUCAGGAGUAUCUAGGUCAUGUCAUCAUGGGCCUCUUCUUUAACAAGCUAACAUGCAUAAGUAUUGAUUACUGCCAAAAAAAAAAAAAAAAAAAAAAGAGGGGUAGACACUUUGAUAAAACCCAUUACUGUCCUUUCUCUAUAUUUUGAUGAUGGUUCUGGUGCAUUAAAGGUAACUAUUUUUUAAAAUUGUUUGAAGUCUCCCAUAACAAAGUAUUUUGUUCAUUUUAAAAUGUUCAACUUUUAUAUAAAAAAGUGGCAAUAUUUUGCAACUGUUACAUGAAAUACUGUGUUUUUAGUAUGGUCUGUAAUAGGUUGCUAUUUUAGGUGGAAGUCUUUUUAAGUACAACUGUGGUUUGGUGGCUUUUUUUUUUUUUAAGGGAAAAAUCUCUCUGCUAUAAGGCAUUGUAAAUGUAGAAUAACUCAGUCCUGUGUGUAAUUCUUUGAUAUUAAAAAUUUAAAGUUC